AUGGCACAUACAUUGAAGCCCGAUCCAGCGUUGCAGAGGUUUAAUACUGCAAAAGAGAAAAUUGGUUAUUAUUUCCGCUUCAAGCCAAGAUCUGCAUUGUUCAAUGUUGUCUUCAUGGGACUAAUUCCAGCUGGAUUAGUAUAUUAUGCAUAUGGGUCCGAUGGUCAAUUUAAUUUCCUGAGAGCAUUCAGGAAGCAUCAAGUUUUAAGUGGUGAGGAGUAUGUUCCAAGAAAUAAAGAUUUGUGA